AUGUGUCAGGUUACCAUUUCAAAUGCAUAUGCCAAAAAUGAAGAGUACUCUGGGUUCAAAGUAUACAAUAUUAAGCUUGAAACCGAAGAGCAGCAGCACAAAUUUGAGAUACUCAAAAGUGAUCUCAUUGAUUAUUGGCGAAAACCAUCAAAAAAGUUUAAUAUAACUGGUCAAGCAAUGAUAUUGAAUUACAUCAAGACUUUGGAGACUACGUACGAAAAUUCAACAGAUAUAAAUUUAAAAGUAAUUGAUGCUGCUUUAACAGCAGAAGGGAGAUCUUUAAUAUACAUUAAAGUAACAAGCCAGGCUUCAACAAGUGAAAAACCGAUAAUUAUCAUCGAAGCUGGCAUUAAUCCAAGAGAAUGGAUUUCCACUAUUCCGACAUCAUUGAAUAUUGUUAAUAAAUUAUUAGACCAAAGUAAUAAUAGAUUUAUUAGUAAUUAUGAAUGGAUCAUUAUUCCUGUUUUAAAUCCAGAUGGAUAUGAAUAUACACAUACAAAUUUGCGGUUAUGGAUGAAGUCAAGAAACACCCAGAGUUACUUGGGCGCCAUUUGUCCCGGAGUUAACAUAAAUCGCAACUUUGACAUCGACUGGCUCUCCUUUGACUCCAGCUCAAGUCCAUGCAGUCACCUUUAUGGUGGCACUGAAGCCUUUUCUGAGGUUGAAACUCGACUAAUUAAGUCUUUACUAAAUAAUUAUGGAGAAAGAAUUCGCCUUUAUGUUUCUUUGCAAAACAAUGAAGGCUACAUUACUUACCCUUGGCAAUACGAGAGAGCUGCUAGUGGAAUGUUCGUUCAACAGCACCUUUUAGGACUUAAUAUGAUUGAAGCGAUGCAAGAAAGUUAUAAUUUGGGUACUGCUUCAGAAAUAUAUGGCGAUAGAGCAUCAGGGACAAGUACAGAUUUUAUGCGAAAAAAUGGUGUCCUGUACACAUUUAACAUAGACAUAGUGCCGAGAGGUGAGGAUAGCGUUAUCAUACCGAGAGAAGAAAUUACAACUAUCGCAGAAGACGUAUGGCGAGCUGUAUCAGAGGCAGCAGACACUUUAUCAUAA